AUGUCAUCGGCACCCACCGGAACCCUGGCCAUGAACAACUACACAUUCCCCACCGAGCGUCUGCAGUCACAACUCAAGGAUCCGUCAAGGACACCGCUGGUCCUUGUAGCGUGUGGUUCCUUCAGUCCCAUCACCUUCCUCCACCUGAGAAUGUUCGAAAUGGCGGCUGAUUACGCCCGCUUCAACACGAAUUUUGAAGUUGUCGGUGCCUACAUCAGUGCUGUUGGUGACGCGUACAAGAAGAGUGGUCUCGUCAAGGCCGAACACAGAAUAAACAUGUGCAGCUUGGCUGUCGAGCAAAGCAGUUGGAUCAGCGUCGACCCGUGGGAGGCUCUCCACGAAGACUACCUUGAGACGGCAAAAGUACUCGACCACUUCGAGCACGAAAUAAAUACAGUCCGCGGACCCUUCAACACUCCCCAAGGUCCUAAGAUGGCCAAGAUUGCCUUGCUCGCUGGUGCAGACCUGAUCCAAACCAUGUCUGCUCCAGGCGUGUGGGCACCCAAGGAUAUCGACUACAUCCUGAGCAACUUUGGCGCCUUCAUCAUCGAGAGAGGCGGUACGGAUAUCGACGAAGCCUUGUCAACGUUGCAACAGUGGAAAGACAACAUCCACGUGGUACAGCAGUUGGUGCAAAACGACAUUUCUAGCACAAAGAUCCGCUUGUUCCGCAAGCGUGACAUGAGCAUCCGCUACCUGGUACCCGAACCCGUCGUCAAGUACAUUGAGGAGCAGGGACUGUACGACGAAGACGGAGCCAGCAGCACGCACGAGGCGCAAAACUCGAAGAAACCCGGCGAGAGCGCAGGCGCUCCCUCGCAGAACAUGUAA